UGUGCUGUAUAGGGUGGAGAUAAUAGUAACAUAAAAUCAAUGGUGUAUGUCACUGAUGAUAAUCUGGAUCAGACUGGCAGAGCCUUACUGGAUACAGAUACAACCUCUGACAGAUUGAAGACACCAAAGAAGAGAAUGCCAGCAAAGUUGCCUUUGGACUUUAAGAAAUGGACUGUGAACAAAAUUGUGCAGUACCUUGAACAAGAAGAACUUGGACGAUGGGCAGAUAAAUUCAAAGAAAAACACAUCACUGGUGACCAACUACAAACUCUAACAGCUGCCAAUCUGGAGGAUAUGGGCAUAAAGAAACCUAAUGAUCGUGAGAGAAUCCUGCUCUGUAUCAGGAAGCUCUGGAAAGUCCAAGUCAAGGUGUUUAAUGAUCCCAUCCACGGGCAUAUGGAGUUACACCCACUUCUUGUCAAAAUCAUUGACACGCCUCAGUUCCAGAGACUACGGAGUAUCAGGCAGCUCGGAGGGACCUACUUUGUUUACCCUGGAGCAUCCCACAACCGCUUUGAACACUCGAUUGGGGUGGCGCAUUUAGCAGGACAGCUUGGACAAGCUCUGAAAACAAAGCAGCCAGGUCUCAACAUCACUGACAGAGACAUCCUCUGCGUACAGAUUGCUGGUCUUUGUCAUGAUCUGGGACAUGGGCCAUUUUCCCAUCUGUAUGAUGGAAUGUUCAUCCCUAAAGCACGUCCAGGCAACAAGUGGAAGCAUGAAACUGCUUCUCUGGCCAUGUUUGACCACCUGGUGAAAUGUAAUAAGCUGGAGGAUGUGAUGAAGCAGUAUGGCCUGAACCUGUCCGAGGAUCUGGACUUCAUCAAGGAGAUGAUUGACAGAGACAAUGACAAAGACCAGGAGUGGCUACAUAAAGGCCGUCCAAAAGACAAGUCCUUUCUCUAUGAAAUCGUGUCCAACAAAACAAACGGCAUUGAUGUGGACAAGUUUGACUACUUUGCCAGGGACUGCUACCACCUGGGCGUCCAGAUCAACUUUGACUAUCAUCGCUUCUUAAAGUUUGCCAGGGUGUGUGAGGUGGACGGCUGGAAGCACAUCUGUGUUAGAGACAAGGAGGAGGAUAAUAUGACUGAAAUGUUCCACACCAGGCUCUGUCUCCACAGAAGAGCCUACCAGCACAAAGUGACCAAGAUCAUAGAGACUAUGAUCACAGAUGCCUUUUUAAAAGCAGACAAGCACAUCAAGAUUGAAGGCACAGGAAAGAAGACUUUCAGACUCUCCACAGCCAUUGAUGACAUGGAAGCCUAUACUAAGCUGACAGAUGCUGUGUUUGAAAAAAUACUCAACUGUGCAUUUGACGCACCCCAGGAGCUGAGGGAUGCAAGAGACAUUCUACGCAGGAUCAUUAAUCGAGACCUCUACAGGUUUCUGGGUGAAACGCGGUUUGAGGAUCCCACUGAGGAAAUAAUUCCUGCUUGGAAAAGGGAAUUGGCUGAAGCUCUUGGUGACGGGCUGACUGAAGAUGACUUUGAGAUUGUGACCAUUAAAAUGGACUAUGGGAUGAAACGCGAGGACCCCAUCGAUCACUUAUAUUUCUACACCAAGCAUGACACUACCCGCGCAUUCAACAGGAAGCGUUGUCAGGUGUCCAGGAUUCGCCCAAUGUGCUUUUCUGAGCAGCUGGUCGGGUUUGUCUGUAAGAAGACUGAUGACAGGAAUCCGCAGGCUGACGUGGACAACUUUCAACAGUGGUGCAGGGCAAAGGACUUUCCAGAGUAUCAGGAUGACAACAAUUAAUCUGAGCCUUUGGAAGAUGGACAUCAAAACUGAAAACAAGCAAACACUCCCUGGUACUCAUUGGUUCAUGAUUGAAAAUUAUUUUAAAUAUGAUAUUAGGUGAGUAUGUUAAUGAGCACAGAGUAGUUAUUGAUACCGUCUCACUCUUCUUUAUAAAUGAGGAUGCAUUUGUAUAUUCAGGCCCUGUACUCUGGUCUUUUAGAGGCCUAAUCAAUAUUAUACAUGUAUCUUUGGUUCAGUUUGAUCAUUUUUAAAUUAGUUUCAUUUUAGACUCCUUUCAUAAUCUAAAGCUGUACGUGUCUGAUUUUAAACUGAAUCACUUCUUAAUAGCAUGUUGUUACUAAAAACAUACCAGAAACAUACUAUUACUCUGUUGUGAACAAUCAAUCAUGGUUACUUAAAAUAUCUUUGUGUGAAACUGAAAAUGUACACAGUAUGUUUCACUGAUUUAUUCAUUUAUGCGUCUUCAUGUAUUCUGUGUAUUCCUUAUGAUUGGGGCAAGCUGCAAAGCACUUGCCAACAUAUAUAAUGGAGUUUGUCAUUUAAAGUUUAAUUUGUGGUUAAGGGAUUUCAAAUAUUUUGGUUUUGAUGUUAAUCACGUGACUUAAUGUGGAAAUUUGAUUAGAUAUUAUUAUGACUGAGUGAUGUUUGAUUUGAGGUAGUUUCUUGUGGUGGUUGUGAAUCCAACGAUUGGCUGUAUCUUUCUUGAACCACAGAAUUUAUCUUUACUUCUUCAAUGUUGAUUUUUUUCAUUUGUUUUUAAAUAUCUCUUUUAUUGGUGACAUAUUUUAUCAUAUUUUUGUCUUGAAUUAUUCUACCUUUUGAAACUGGCUCUUUUUUUGAUGUAACCAUCUGUAUGCAUGUGGUAAAUGGAAAAUUAUAAAUAUAUAAACAUAUUCUAAAUAUGUAAUGGGGCUAUAAAGGGAAACCUACCAGAGACAAUUAGAAGUUUUAAACUUUAUUCCUAAAGUUGAUAACAGAUUGUGCGUACUUGAAAUAAAAGUCAUUUUUUCCUCUU